CCCCCCAUGGAGCUGUCGCCGGCGUCUGGGGGAGCCGCCGAGGCGCGCUCGUGGCCCGAGAUGUUCCCGGCGCUCGAGUCCGCCGAGUCGCCGCUGCCCCCCGACGAGCUGGACGGCGGCGUGCCCGUGAGCGGGGCCGUGGUGGCCGGGGGCAUGCUGGAUCGCAUCCUGCUGGAGUCGGUGUGUCAGCAGCAGAGCUGGGUCCGCGUGUACGAUGUGAAGGGGCCGCCGACGCAUCGCCUGUCCUGCGGCCAGUCCCCCUACACGGACAGCACGACGUGGGAACGCAAGUACUGCAUCCUCACCGACAGCCAGCUUGUGCUGCUCAACAGGGAGAAGGAGAUGCCCGUGGAGGGAGGCCUGGACCAGCAGACAGACGCCUCCAAAGGGCGUUGCCUGAGGAGAACCGUCAGCGUCCCCUCCGAGGGCCAGUUUCCCGAGUACCCAGCAGAGGGCGCCAACAAGCUGGAGGUGCCGGCAGAGAGAUCCCCCCGCCGACGGAGUAUCUCAGGGACCAGCACCUCCGAGAAGCCCAGCUCCAUGGACCCGGUGAACACGUCGCCCUUCAAAGUCCCAGGCUUCUUCAGCAAGCGCCUGAAGGGCUCCAUCAAGAGGACCAAAAGCCAGUCGAAGCUUGACAGGAACACUAGCUUCCGGCUGCCUUCACUCCGGAACACAGACGACAGGUCCCGGGGGCUGCCCAAGCUCAAGGAGUCCCGCUCGCACGAGUCCCUGCUGAACCCCUGCAGCGCCGUGGAGUGUCUGGACCUGGGCCGGGGGGAGCCCGUGGCCGUGAAGCCCCUCCACAGCAGCAUCCUGGGCCAGGACUUCUGCUUUGAGGUCACCUACCUGAGUGGCAGCAAGUGCUUCAGCUGUAACUCUGCCUCCGAGAGAGACAAGUGGAUGGAAAACCUUCGCAGAACGGUCCAGCCCAAUAAGGACAACUGCCGACGUGCCGAAAAUGUUCUCCGCCUGUGGAUCAUUGAAGCCAAGGACCUCGCCCCUAAGAAGAAGUACUUCUGUGAACUGUGCCUUGACGAUACCCUCUUCGCGCGAACCACCAGCAAGACCAAAGCGGACAAUAUCUUCUGGGGGGAGCACUUCGAGUUCUUCAGCCUGCCGCCCCUUCACAGCAUCACGGUCCACAUCUACAAGGACGUGGAGAAGAAGAAGAAGAAGGACAAGAACAACUACGUGGGGCUGGUCAACAUCCCCACGGCCAGCGUGACGGGCCGCCAGUUCGUGGAGAAGUGGUACCCGGUGAGCACGCCCACCCUCAGCAAGGGCAAGGCAGCCGGGCCGUCCAUCCGCAUCAAGUCCCGCUUCCAGACCAUCACCAUCUUGCCUAUGGAGCAGUACAAGGAGUUCGCCGAGUUCGUCACCAGCAACUACACCAUGCUGUGCUGCGUCCUUGAGCCGGUCAUCAGCGUGAGGAACAAGGAGGAGCUGGCCUGCGCCUUGGUGCACAUUCUGCAGAGCACCGGAAGAGCCAAGGACUUCCUGACCGACCUGGUGAUGUCCGAGGUGGACCGCUGCGGGGAGCACGACGUGCUGAUCUUCAGGGAGAACACCAUCGCCACCAAGUCCAUCGAGGAGUACCUGAAGCUAGUGGGACAGCAGUACCUGCACGACGCGCUGGGGGAGUUCAUCAAGGCCCUGUACGAGUCGGACGAGAACUGCGAGGUGGACCCGAGCCGCUGCUCGUCCAGCGAGCUGCUGGACCACCAGAGCAACCUCAAGAUGUGCUGUGAGCUGGCCUUCUGCAAGAUCAUCAACUCCUACUGUGUCUUCCCGCGGGAGCUGAAGGAGGUGUUCGCCUCGUGGAAGCAGCAGUGCGUGGCCCGUGGCAAGCAGGACCUGAGCGAACGGCUCAUCAGCGCGUCCCUGUUCCUUCGCUUCCUGUGCCCCGCCAUCAUGUCGCCCAGCCUCUUCAGCCUCAUGCAGGAGUACCCCGACGACCGCACCUCGCGGACCCUCACGCUCAUCGCCAAGGUCAUCCAGAACCUGGCCAACUUCGCCAAAUUUGGAAACAAAGAAGAAUACAUGGCAUUCAUGAACGACUUCCUGGAACAUGAGUGGGGUGGCAUGAAGCGCUUCCUCCUGGAGAUCUCCAACCCCGACACCAUCUCCAACACCCCCGGCUUCGAUGGCUACGUGGACUUGGGCCGGGAGCUCUCCGUCCUGCAUUCCUUGCUCUGGGAGGUGGUGUCCCAGCUGGAUAAGGCGACCGUGGCCAAGCUGGGACCCCUGCCCCGGGUCCUGGCCGACAUCACCAAGUCGCUGACGAACCCCACACCCAUCCAGCAGCAGCUGCGGCGGUUUACGGAGCACAGCUCCAGCCCCAACGUCAGCGGCAGCGUCUCCUCCGGGCUGCAGAAGAUCUUCGAGGACCCCUCGGACAGCGACCGGCCGCGGCUGCAGUCGCCCGGCCCGGACCCCGGGGACAGCUACUGCCGCGGGAAGACCCUGCUCCUGGUGCAGCAGGCCUCGUCGCAGAGCAUGAGCUACUCGGACCCGGACGAGAAGGAGGCCGGGCUGCCCAACGGGCGCAGCGUGUCGCUCAUGGACCUGCAGGACGCUCCGGCCGAGCUCCCGGGGCUGCUGCCCGACGCCCCGGUGCGCCUGGCGGGCAGCCAGCUGUCGGUGGCACCCGUGGCCGGCGGGGUCCGACUGCCGCGCGAGGCCCCGGGCGCCCCGCAGAGCGCCCCGCAGGCGCGCCGGCCCCUGCGCCCGGCCCUGCAGCCGCUGGCCUUCCAGAACCCCGUGUACCAGCUCGGCCACCCGGUCGCGCCCGCCUCGGCCGGCUCCAGCCUGGAGAACCUGAGCACGGCCAGCUCCCGCAGCAACAGCGACGACCUCCGGCUCAGCGCGCCCAGCUCCAGCAGCCUGGAGGAGCGCACCGCGCCCCCCGCGCCUCCCCGCCACGACAGCGCCGGCCCCCCGCGCGCCCGGUGCCCGCACCAAGGCGCCCACCGCCGCACCUGGCCCGGCCCCGGUCCCGCCGUCCAGCGCCUCCCUGCGCAGCGCCACCACCGAGCUGCCCAGCACGGGGGCCGCGCCCGCCCGCCCUCCUCCUCCUCCCGGGAGAGCCCCGUGCCCAAGGUGCGCGCCAUCCAGAGGCAGCAGACGCAGCCCGUGGGGGUGCAGUCGCCCGUGGACUCGGCCACCAUGUCCCCCGUGGAGAGGACAGCAGCCUGGGUCCUCAACAACGGGCAGUACGAGGAGGACGCGGAGGACGUGGAGCAAGUGCAGGAUGAAGCCAAGCACGCCGAGAAGUACGAGCAGGAGAUCGCCAAGCUGAAGGAGCGGCUGCGCGUGUCGAGCCGGCGGCUGGAGGAGUACGAGCGGCGCCUGCUGGUGCAGGAGCAGCAGAUGCAGAAGCUGCUGCUGGAGUACCGGGCGCGGCUGGAGGGCAGCGAGGAGCGGCUGCGGCGGCAGCAGGAGGAGAAGGACAGCCAGAUGAAGGGCAUCAUCAGCAGGCUGAUGGCAGUGGAGGAGGAGCUGAAGAAGGACCACGCGGAGAUGCAGGCCGUCAUCGACGCCAAGCAGAAGAUCAUCGACGCGCAGGAGAAGCGCAUCCUGUCCCUGGACUCGGCCAACACGCGGCUCAUGAGUGCGCUGACGCAGGUGAAGGAGCGCUACAGCGUGCAGGCCCGCAACGGCGUGUCCCCGACCAACCCCACCAAGCUGUCCAUCACCGAGAACGGCGAGUUCCGAAACAGCAGCUGCUGACCGCCGGCCCGGGGACGCAGGACUGACGGACGACGGACACGGACAGAUGGACGGGCGGGCAGCGGCGGGAGGGAGCCGCCCGCCCUGGCCCUGCCCUCGCCAGCGCUGUCCCCCCCGCCCGGGCGCCGGGGCCGGGCCGGGCACAGAGGACGCCCGAGUCCGUGCCGGGAGGAACUGACCACGUAGAGGACGUCUCUCACCUUUGCCCUUUUGUAUUACCGUUUCUCCCCGGUGAAGAGCACUGCACAGCUGGGGGAGGCCAGCCGGACUCGGAGAGUCAGGAGGGGACACAGGAGGGGGCCAGGCAUUGCGGGCGACCAGCGCCAGAGGGUCUCGGGCACGGACGGACAGAAUUGUCCAAGGCGGCCGCGGUGAGAAGCCCCGUUCUGCCCACUGACCCUUGUCCUGUAGAGAAACGAGUCCGGGGUCGGGAGCCACACAGGGUCACAUAAUUCACCUCCGCCCACCUGCCAGGCAGCCCAGCAGGACAGGUUUCGGGGGAGGGGCAGGUGUGCAGUUGGAGAAGGUUCUAGAAUGUUCUAGAAGGUUCCAGGAGACACGCUUCGGCGCUGUCCUGCGGGCGGCCCUCCUGGAGGUCGCUCUCUGUCCCUUCUCGUCCCGGGAGCUAUUCCCGGACCCCCACCCCCCACCCCCCGGUUGUAAUAAAGGAAAGUCUUUUUCCUCUCUGGAGUUUCCAGGGCGA